AUGCCUGAGGUCUGGGCCGUGCUGCUGCUGCUGGGCCUCGGAGCCCAGGGGGUGCGGGGCUGCCUGCAGUGCGACGAGGUGGCGCGGGAAGCGCUGGGCAAGCUGCGCGCAGCCCUGGUCCCCAAGCGCUUCGCCCAGGAGCUCCUGCAGGCCCACGCGCGCAUGCUGCUGAUGGGCAUGGAGGGCUCCUUCUUCCGAGACUACGCGCUCAACGCGUUUGUGGGCAAAGUGGAGGUGGAUCAUCUCCAAGCUGUGGCCUCCUUCGUCAAGAACCAAAGCAACUUCUUACAGCACAGCCCUCUGAAAGACGAGCCCCUGCUGGAGGAGCUGGAGGCGUUUCGGGAGAGAGUGGUCAAGAAACUGAAGAAAUAUUUAAGAUCCUAUGAAUUAAAAGAGUUUCUCAGGGAGGAGGUAGUGAACUGUUUACAUUGCCAGAAGAGCCGCCCCAAAUGUAUCAAGACCAAGUACUGCUUUGUGGACGGGCAGCCCCGCAUGGACCUGCAGUACCAGGACAGCAGAGCCGUGCGGAGCCUGGAGCUGCCGGCCAUCAUCAUCUCUGUGGGGCUGGCGAUCUUUCUCUUCGGGGCCAUCAUAGCUGCGGCUAUCACCUAUAGAGAGAACCGGAAACUCCUGCUCCAUUAG